GAGACGCCGUGGGAAGAAAGCAGGAAGCAGAUGGGAGCUGUGGAAACCCGCAGAAGCCCGGCGGGCGGCCUGCCAUCCUGCCCCACUACGAGGCUCUACCAGACAGAGCGCUCUGCGGACAUCUACUUGAAGGGCCGGCGCCUCGUGAGGCGCUCUGUGUUCACGGUGCCGAAAAGCUAUGCCCCAAUGAUUGGCAGACGCGACAAUGGGGCUGCAGAGGGGGUGGGGCGCUGGGCGUUUGCGCUGAGGAGCUCUGUCCCACUGUUCUAG